AUGUCCCCUCGGCCGCCAGCUACUGCGCAAGGAGGGCCACGCCAUGGCAAGCACCUCUCCCUGCAGGGCGACUACCUCCUGGGACGCCACGGCGACCUCGACCUCGACCUCGUCCCCCAGCUUCCGGAAUGUUCCAGCCUGCUCUCGGAGGGCAGCAACGCAUCGGACGCGUACUCUGACCCUUCCUCGGAGCCUCCGAGGCAUCAGGGCACCAGCUCUGGAUACGCGACGCUGAAGCGCAUCGGUGGUGCUGACACCAGCGGUACCGGCGCCGUCGCUCCCGGUUCUGGUCCUGGUUCUGGCAGCCUGCUGGUUCUCCAGAUGGAGCACGAGCGCGAGAGGGGCAACCUGAGCCGCUGCUUGACGCUGGCGCGCGAGAGGGAGGCCCUGGAGCGCGAGUUGAGGAAGUACGCCUCCGACAGGCACUCCCUCGCCGUCAGAGACCCCCACCACCAGGAGGACCCGGAGCUGGUGUGGAAGACGCGCGAGGGAGCCUCUCCCAGCAGUGGCCUCCACUCCAGCAGGGGGCGCUAUUCGCCGGGGACCUCUGGCCGAGGGAGCACGCGGCCCUCCUCCAGCAUCCUGUGGGAGACCAGCCCUCUGUCCUCUCCCACGCGGCUGGUCCCGGUCCAAACGCACGGAGCGGACGAGGACUGGACGGGGCCGGACGGCGAGCGAGCCAAGCGCUCUCCGCUCUGCGAGUCAGAAGCUGACUUGUCCCCACGGGAGCAGCACAGGAGGGGCGUCCGGCAGGGGUCAGAGCUGCGCGGCACGUGCGUCUCCCCGGAGAGGCUCUCGGUGGCCGGCUCGCAGAGCCGAGGCUAUCAGGAGGAGGCCGCCACCGCAGAGUGCGUCGCUGGCACACACACACGCACUGGUGCGGCAGAGACUCAGGAGAGUGCAGUGAACGUUGUCCCUGACGGCCCAGACGAGUGCACUUUCAUAGAGAUGAGCGUCGAUGGCCCCGAGAUUGAGAAGCGAUAUCACACCAUCGCUGCCGACCGACGUGGAGGCAGACACACACACACACAUUGGGACACACACACACACACGCCGCAGCAGCAGCAGCAGCAGCUACAGCGGACGGAUGCACACACACGCUGGGAGAGAGAGGUGUCCAGUGCCCAGCCGAGCCGGACACUGUCCCACUUGAACGUGCUUCGGCCUGACCUGAGGAGGACGGGCAGCCUGGGGGGGUCCCAACGCUGGCACGGGCACCAGAGCACCCAGAGUCUGGACUACCGCAACAGGGGCGAGUUCCUCGCGCCCGACGCCUGGGUCCACUCCCUGAACCAGGGCAGAGCCAGCUCCGCUGUCCCCUUCGCAACCUACCCGCAGCGCGAGGACCAGGACCAAGACCAGGACCAGGUCCAGGUCCAGGGGCAGGAGUUCAGUGGAGAUCCCUGUAGGGGGACCCCAAAUGCCCACUCGAGGAAUGCACCGACUCCCCAGCUCAGAGAGACACCAAGCACCCCUUGCAAGGGCCCCCAAAGCCCCCCACCCAGGGGUGCCACCCCAAACCCUUCUUACAGGGAUGCUGUGAACUCUCCAGACCAAAGGCCUGACCCUCGGCGUCAGGCGUCCACGUUCCCCAAGGAGUUCAUGGGAAACCCACGCUCCCCAGACCCAAAGUCGAGAGGCAGUCGCCCACGAGAGAGGAGAGAGGGGUACCCCACACCUGACAGAGGAACCUCCCCACCACAGACGGGGUACCCCACACCUGACAGAGGAACCUCUCCACCACAGACGGGGUACCCCACAUCCGACAGAGGAACCUCUCCACCACAGACGGGGUACCCCACACCCGACAGAGGAACCUCUCCACCACAGACGGGGUACCCCACAUCCGACAGAGGAACCUCUCCACCACAGACGGGGUACCCCACAUCCGACAGAGGAACCUCUCCACCACAGACGGGGUACUCCGCACCUGGCAGAGGUCGCCAUCCCCACCGGAGAGCGCUUUCCCCUCUUGUCAGAAGCAGCUCCCCGCCCGAGAGUGGACUCCCGCUGUCCGACAGACGGAGUCGUCCUCCUUCAUCUGAUGGAGGGCAACCCCAGCCUGGCAGCACAGGGGAGACGUACGGCUGGCAUCCCGCCAGCUGGGUUCCCCUGCCGGGCAUGGUGCCAGGCAAGGAGAAGGGCAGAGGUCCAGCGGAGGUGAAGGAGAAGGAGGAGACGCGGGAGGAGAGCCAGGAGGUGGACGCUGAGAUCCGAGGGUACCGCAACAUCGCCGCGGAGACAGAGGAGCGUUACCGUAGCUACGCCAGCCAGAGCAGUGGCCGCGGGAGCCUAGACCCCCCCAGUAGCCUGAGUCCACCCCCGACCAGCUCACCUGAGACCACGGAGGAAAGCGAGCACGAGGAGAAGGGGCUGCGGAGGAGAGGGAGCUCGGUGGAUGAGAACUACGAGUGGGACACACACUAUGUCCCCAUGAAAUCUGUCUACGUGAAACCAGGACAGGUGCAGCUCGGCCCCGAGGGAGAGAGCAGGGGUCAAGGGGUCAGAGAUCACCUCUGCAAACCUACUGCGGAGUUGACCAGCAAUGGAGGAGGAGCAAGAGGCAUGUUCCCGUCCAUCAGACUGCUGAAAUCAGGUGGGAGUUUCUACUGCGCUGGCCUCCCCCAUCACCGCAGUGCUGAGUUGGACCCAGAGACCGUGCUGUUCUGACAGCUCCUCACCGAAGCCUCCUCAUUCUCAUAGUCUCUCUCUCUCCCUCCCUCCCUCUCUCACCCUCUCUCUCUCUCUCCCUCCCUCUCUCUCUUCUCCACGUUCUCUCUUUUGUUUCUGCUCCUCUCAUCUCUUCUUCCCUCUCUCUCUCUCCAUCUUUCCUCUCCCUCCUCUCUUCUCUGUUAUUUGUGGUCUUAUCACGCUCAUCUUUAAGAGCGUAGCAUUAUCUCUUUCUGUCCAUCUUAUCGCCUUUUUCUGACUUAAUGAUAAAAUGUUCCCCCUGAAGCGACGGAAAAUUACAAGCUAAAAACUUGAGAUUGGUCACAGCCAAGCAGUGUAAUUGGAUGUGCUGAGCAUGCUCCACCUGUUGAGAAGAGGUCAUGACCCCCAGCGUCGUCCAAUCACAGAGGAGCUGGACUCAAAGAUGAACUGAUGCGGUAUCCAAUCACGGAGCAGCUGGACUCAGUGAGGGUGAUGUGAUUGGUCACCCCCAGGGAACCAGCCCAAAGAGCGACUGGCUCUGGGACAGACUCACCCCUGUUCUGGCCCUGAUGCGGCAGCUGCCUGACAAUCAUGCGUCAGUGACAGGCACACACAUACACACACCAGCUGAACUGAGAUCAGCCUGAUUUCCUGAGUGCAUCAGGCCAGGGGUUUUGCAGAUCACAAGUGUGUGUUUAUGUAUUUCUCAUUACGUAGUAUAUAGUGGUGGGCAAGAUAGUGAGAGUGGGUGGAGGUUUAGAGGUGUAGUUCACAAGUCAUGUAAAUAGCAGCUCUGUUGAAUAUGAUUUAGAGGUGUUGUCGGGGAAUACCUUCUGAGACGCAGCUUGUGGUCCUGGUAAUUCUAUUCCAAUUCCAUGUCUUUAUUUUUUAUUUUCUGUGGCCUGUGUCAUUUCCUCAUUACUGUCUCUCCAUUCCUCCCUCCAUCUCUCUCUUUUUCUCUCUCUCACUCUUUCUCCACCCCCCUCUCUCUCUCUCUUGGCAGCUUCUUCUCCCACAUGUCAACAUCUUGUUGACAGUUUUAAGCUGUGUGCUUUGGCAGAGGGGAUUUUGCUAAGUGAGUUUGAUUGGGAUUUAAUUAACCAUUGUAGCCAUUUAAUGAGAAACCAUGUAUGAAAUGAGUUCCGAUUUUCUUCUCGAGUGGUAGAAAUGCCUUUGACCUUCAUCAUGUUCCAGCAGGAAAUUGGGACUGUGAAGCAUGUCCUCACAAUCCAGGGGUUAAUGAAUAAGAAAAACCCUCAUUCACUUGUUUAGAGUCAGCUGGAAAUUCACUGUUUUUUUUUUUUCAUAUGUUCUGUUUUUUUCCUCCCUCAAAUGCCAGUUCAUAAAAUGAGCUACAAUGAUAAAAAAAAAUACUUAAAUAAUACAUUUUGAAUGACUACAUGUAUAAAGCACCACAAAAGGAAAAAAAGUGAAUUAUGCAAGUGUAAAUACAGUAUGAACAAUAUCAGAGCAGCCUUUUAUGAUAUUAUGUUUUGUGAGGUUUUGUUGAAUUUUACACAAAACGUACACAGCCCUGAAAUAUAUGUUCCCCAUAGUGUAGUUCUUAUUUAGUUAAUCUAACUUUAAAGUUUUGUUUUUUGUAGUCACCAUUCAUGUGUGGCUGAACAUUCAGAGCCUUUGUCCUAUGCAGUACAGAAACGAAGUGAUGUGUGAAAACCAAAGCCAUUUAAAACUCAAAACACAAGUGCUCCUGAGCUUUAUUUUAUUUUCCAAAUGAUCAAGAAUUGAUGUAGUUGCUAUCGAUGAUCCUUACGUGUUUUCACCUCUGAGGAUGAGAGCAGAACAUGAGUCAAACGUUGUCAGCAGUUUACCCAAAUGAUGAAGUUGUUAUUCUAACAGAUACUGCUCAGAGGUAGGGUUGCAUCAUUUUGCAUUUCAUAUAAGAACUAUUUUUAAACAGAAAGGGUUCAGAGUCGCUCAUGGGCCCCAUUUUCAAAGUGAUGUUUUUAAGAGCAGAACUAUGUUUCUCUAUGUGAUUGGUUAUCAUUUGCUUAAAUUGCUGUUGAAUUGUAUUUUAAUAUGUAGAUUGUAUUUUUUCAUACAGUAUGGUUGUCUGUUCUAAUCUCAAUAAAAAUAAAUGCUAA